AUGGCGACUUCGACAGACACAAAAACAAACAUCCCAGAUUAUGAGUACCUUGAUGUGAACACAAACAUAUUUCAUAUCGACGCCUUCAGAAGCGAGUGGCUGAACAGACUGCAGCCCAGCGACUUCUCCUUCCAGGAGGAGGACCAGGAAACAUCUGACGCUCACUUCGCUGCAGAGAUGGGCAUCAGUGCGGAGACCAUGGACGAGCUCAAAUCCGCCUGCAGUCUGGAUUCCCUUCGUUGCCAUCCGGAGGAUCAGCCGCCUGAUCCAGAAGUCGUUCCUCCAGACCCGACGCUGAAGACACUAGUACAAAGAAAAAAGAAACAAGAUCACAAAGCUACUCUGAAAUCCAGCAAGAAUAGACACGACCUCUACGCUGAUGAACUGGAGCGUUUAACUUUCGGUACGAGACCAGAGGCAGUGACUGACAUGAUCCCUGAAGGAGAAAUCAUUCUCACCAUGAACAUCUACUACCCGGCUACUUUUGAGAAAUUUUCCCAUGUCAGACCCCACUUAACCCUGCUUAUGACGGGCUCCCAUACCCUGGCAGAGCUCAGGGAUGCCAUCUGCUGUGUCAGCGACUUGCAAGUAUGCGGAGAGUUCAGCAACACGCCGGACAUGGCUCCAGACUUCAUCAGCAAAGAUCAUUUCAAAUCGUCUUUCUUUUACUUCGAAGGAGUUUUCUAUAACGACAUGAGAUAUCCCGAGUGUCAGGACAUCAGUAUAACCACCAUUGAAUGGGCAAGGGACCGCAACUUCCCUCCGUAUACCCAGGCCAAGAUGGAGGACACACGAUUUGUUGAUCUGAAAGUAAAAGUGGGCUUCCCGUACCUCUACUGCCAUCAGGGAGACUGCGAACACCUCGUCAUCAUCACAGACAUCAGACUGACCCAUAAGAACGACUGCCUGGACAAGAAGCUGUAUCCUCUCCUCACACACAAGCACAGGGUCGUCACCACGAAGUGUGCCGUCUGCCACAUUUACAUUGGAAGAUGGCUUACUACCAAUGACCAGUUCGCUCCCAGUAACCCGUGCACUUUCUGUGAAAAGUGUUUCCGGAUGCUGCACUACGACACUGAAGGCGAAAAGCUGGGAGAGUUCCAGGCCUUUCCCUAUGUGGACCGUGGUGCAUUUAACUAAGGCUGUUCUUGCUCAGGUCACACAUAUAAUGCUGUAAAAUACAGUUGUUUUAUAUUUCAGAGAAAUAUUUUGGAAAUGUUAUACAUAUCAGAGAGAAAGGUUUUCAAGUAAUGAAAAUGUAUUUUUUUUCCUAAUACAUAAAUAUUGUGUUUAUUCUUUCCACAGUUAAUGCUAUGAUUUUCAGACUUCCUUUUGUAAAAUAAACAGUGACAUUUACUGGAAAUUCA